CACUAUCCCCUAACUGCAACACGUGCGCCGCGGUAGUUUUGUUUUCCCCCAAAAAUGACUAAAAAACUCACACUUAAGCGAAAAGGUAAAGAUCCGGAGCCCAAAAAUGAAGUAGCCGCCAGUUCCGAGGCCUCCGACAACGAGGAAGAAGAGGACCUGUUACAAGCGGUGAAAGAUCCUGGAGAGGAUUCUACCGAUGACGAGGGCAUUGAUCAGGAGUACCAGUCUGAUAGCAGCGAGGAUCUGGAGUUUGAAAGCGAUGAGGAGGGCAAUUACCUUGGCAGAAAGAAAGGAUCAGGCAGUUCAGAAGGGGAAGAUGAUGAAGGUGAUGAAGAAGACGAAGAGGAGGAUGAGGAAGAUGAUGAUAGUGAAGAUGACGAGUCUGCUGAGGAUGGAGACGGAGAGAAACCCACCACUUCCAAACAAAAAAAGUCUGACGAUGAGCCAAGCAGCAGCAAAGUUUCAAAGAAACCCCAACCUCCAAAGGAACUGGUCAAGAGGGAUCCCUCUCACCCGGAGUACCGCGACUCUGACACCUCCGACGAAGAAGAUAUACGCAAUACUGUUGGAAACAUACCCAUGCACUGGUAUGACGAAUACAAACAUAUUGGCUACGAUUGGGAUGCCAAGAAGAUUGUGAAACCCCCACAGGGCGAUCAGAUCGAUGAGUUCUUGCGCAAGAUCGAGGAUCCGAACUUCUGGCGUACCGUCAAGGACCCUCAAACCGGACAAGAAGUACUCAUCACCGAUGAGGACAUUGCCUUGAUCAAGCGCAUUGUUUCCGGACGCAUUCCAAACGAGGAUCACAAUGAGUAUGAACCCUGGGUGGAGUGGUUUACUUCGGAGGUGGAGAAGAUGCCCAUUAAGAACGUGCCGGACCACAAGCGAUCCUUCCUGCCGUCUGUUUCCGAGAAGAAGCGAGUUGGUCGCAUGGUACAUGCUCUCAAAAUGGGCUGGAUGAAGACCACCGAGGAGGUGGAACGAGAGAAACAGGCUAAGCGCGGUCCCAAGUUCUAUAUGCUCUGGGAGACGGACACUAGUCGGGAGCAUAUGCGCCGCAUACACGACCCUGUCUCGGCCCCCAAACGUGACUUGCCAGGACACGCAGAAUCCUACAACCCGCCACCAGAGUACCUCUUCGACGAAAAAGAAACCAAGGAGUGGCUGAAGCUGAAGGAUGAACCGCACAAGCGGAAGUUGCACUUUAUGCCCCAGAAGUUUAGCUCCCUACGUGCGGUGCCCGCUUAUUCGAGAUACCUCCGCGAACGUUUCCUCCGCUGUCUCGAUCUUUACCUUUGUCCUCGUGCCAAGCGUGUGAAACUGAAUAUUGAUGCAGAGUACCUCAUUCCGAAGCUUCCAUCGCCACGUGACCUGCAACCCUUCCCCACAAUCGAGAGUCUGGUUUAUCGCGGCCACACAGACUUGGUGCGUUCGGUUAGCGUGGAGCCCAAAGGCGAAUACAUCGUAUCUGGCUCAGAUGACAAGACUGUCAAGAUUUGGGAAAUUGCUACUGGUCGCUGCAUCCGCACAAUUGAAACCGAAGACGUGGUACGCUGCGUUGCUUGGUGUCCCAAUGCCAAACUCUCUAUUAUUGCCGUGGCUACUGGCAAUCGUCUUUUAUUGAUCAAUCCCAAAGUGGGUGACAAGGUGCUGGUGAAGAAAACCGAUGACCUACUGGCCGAGGAGCCGAGCUCGGAUGUAAUUGAGAGCGAGCGCAUCAAGGCGGCCGUACAGUGGUCUACUGCAGAGGCCGCCGAGCAGGAGAAGGGCGUCCGAGUUGUGAUAAAUCACUUUAAACCCAUUCGCCAGGUCACCUGGCACGGACGCGGGGACUAUCUGGCCACGGUCAUGCCAGAGGGUGCCAAUCGUUCCGCUCUGAUUCACCAGCUGUCCAAGCGCCGUUCACAAAUACCAUUCUCCAAGAGCAAGGGUCUCAUACAGUGCGUGCUGUUCCAUCCGGUGAAGCCCUGCUUCUUCGUGGCGACGCAGCACAACAUUCGUAUCUAUGAUUUGGUCAAACAGGAACUGGUCAAGAAACUGCUCACAAACUCCAAGUGGAUAUCUGGCAUGUCCAUUCAUCCGAAGGGAGACAAUCUUCUGGUCUCCACAUACGACAAAAAGAUGCUUUGGUUUGACUUGGACUUGUCCACCAAACCGUAUCAGACCAUGCGCCUUCAUCGCAAUGCUGUGCGAAGUGUGGCCUUCCAUCUCCGGUAUCCUCUAUUUGCUUCUGGCAGCGACGACCAGGCUGUGAUUGUUUCACAUGGCAUGGUAUACAAUGACCUGCUGCAGAACCCCCUUAUUGUGCCUCUCAAGAAGCUGCAGACGCAUGAGAAACGCGAGGACUUUGGCGUCCUCGACGUCAACUGGCAUCCUAUCCAGCCUUGGGUCUUCUCCACGGGAGCUGAUUGCACCAUCCGACUCUACACGUAACUUUGUAGUUUGCUUGAUUGACAGUUUUCGAAAGUUAAAUGGAGUUUCUAUAGUUAUUAAAUAUAAUUUUUUAAAGGAA